GGGGGAACAUGGCCGCUUCCGGUCUCCCUCCUGGGCCGGCGCUGCCCUGACCGCGGCUCCUGCCCGGCGCACUGCGCCCUCCGCUUCUCCCGCCUGGCAGCGGCGGAGGCAGCUUCAGCCUUUCCCUCCUGCUGCCCCGCUGCGCGAUGGAGAAGAGCUCAAGCUGCGAGAGUCUUGGCUCCCAGCCCGCGGCGGCCCGACCGCCCAGCGUGGACUCCCUGUCCAGUUAAUGUGUUAAGAGCCAUUGACAUUUGAAGAUCAUCAGAAGUGAAGAUAAAACAUCUCAAAAAUUAUAAUUGCCUCCACUUCUCAUUCAGAGAAUUCAGUGCAUACAAAAUCAGCUUCUGUUGUAUCAUCAGAUUCCAUUUCAACUUCUGCAGAGAACUUUUCUCCUGAUUUGAGGGUCCUGAGGGAGUCUAACAAAUUAGCAGAAAUGGAAGAACCACCCUUGCUUCCAGGAGAGAAUAUAAAAGACAUGGCCAAAGAUGUAACUUACAUAUGUCCAUUCACUGGUGCUGUACGAGGAACUCUGACUGUCACAAAUUAUAGAUUAUAUUUCAAAAGCAUGGAACGGGACCCCCCAUUUGUUUUAGAUGCUUCUCUUGGUGUGAUAAGUAGAGUAGAAAAAAUCGGUGGCGCUUCUAGUCGAGGUGAAAAUUCUUAUGGACUAGAAACUGUGUGCAAGGAUAUUAGGAAUUUACGUUUUGCUCAUAAACCUGAGGGGCGGACGAGAAGAUCCAUAUUUGAGAAUCUAAUGAAAUAUGCAUUUCCUGUCUCUAAUAACCUGCCUCUGUUUGCUUUUGAAUAUAAAGAAGUAUUCCCUGAAAACGGGUGGAAACUAUAUGACCCUCUUUUAGAAUAUAGAAGGCAGGGAAUUCCGAAUGAAAGCUGGAGAAUAACAAAGAUAAACGAACGAUAUGAACUUAGUGAUACAUACCCUGCCCUCCUGGUUGUGCCAGCAAAUAUUCCUGAUGAAGAAUUAAAGAGAGUGGCGUCCUUCAGAUCAAGGGGUCGUAUCCCAGUUUUAUCAUGGAUUCAUCCUGAAAGUCAAGCCACAAUCACUCGAUGUAGCCAGCCCAUGGUUGGAGUGAGUGGAAAGCGAAGCAAAGAAGAUGAAAAAUACCUUCAAGCCAUCAUGGAUUCCAAUGCCCAGUCUCACAAAAUCUUUAUAUUUGAUGCCCGGCCAAGUGUUAAUGCUGUUGCCAAUAAGGCAAAAGGUGGAGGUUAUGAAAGUGAAGAUGCGUAUCAAAAUGCAGAACUAGUUUUUCUGGAUAUCCACAAUAUUCAUGUUAUGAGAGAAUCAUUACGAAAACUUAAGGAGAUUGUAUACCCCAACAUUGAGGAAACUCACUGGUUGUCUAACUUGGAAUCUACUCACUGGCUAGAACAUAUUAAGCUUAUUCUUGCAGGGGCUCUUAGGAUUGCUGACAAGGUAGAGUCAGGGAAGACAUCGGUGGUAGUACAUUGCAGUGAUGGUUGGGAUCGCACAGCUCAGCUAACUUCCCUUGCCAUGCUCAUGUUGGAUGGAUACUAUCGAACCGUCCGAGGAUUUGAAGUCCUUGUGGAGAAAGAAUGGCUAAGUUUUGGACAUCGAUUUCAACUAAGAGUUGGCCAUGGAGAUAAGAACCAUGCAGAUGCAGACAGAUCGCCUGUUUUUCUUCAGUUUAUUGACUGUGUCUGGCAAAUGACAAGACAGUUUCCUACCGCAUUUGAAUUCAAUGAAUAUUUUCUCAUUACCAUUUUGGACCACCUAUACAGCUGUUUAUUUGGAACAUUCCUCUGUAACAGUGAACAACAGAGAGGAAAAGAGAAUCUUCCUAAAAGGACUGUGUCACUGUGGUCUUACAUAAAUAGUCAGCAGGAAGACUUCACUAAUCCUCUCUAUGGGAGCUAUUCCAAUCAUGUGCUUUAUCCAGUAGCCAGCAUGCGCCACCUAGAGCUCUGGGUGGGAUAUUACAUAAGGUGGAAUCCACGGAUGAAACCACAGGAACCUAUUCACAGCAGAUAUAAAGAACUUCUUGCUAAACGAGCAGAACUUCAGAAGAAAGUAGAGGAAUUACAGAGAGAGAUUUCCAACCGAUCGACCUCAUCCUCAGAGAGAGCUGGCUCUCCUGCACAGUGUGUCACUCCUGUCCAAACUGUCGUAUGAAGCACUAUUAGAUCAGGGGCAUCACUGCUAUGAACUCUUGAUUACAGUGGCAGCUUUACGAGUAGAAAGCCUUCCGAAUUUAGAACCCAUCUAUGAGAGAAAGUUCAGCCGCUUUAUUUAUUUUAAAUCUCUCUAGGAUGUGUUUAGAACUGUGGCAGUGCAGAUGGCUUAAAUGAAAUAACUCCAUGUGUAAUUACAUGAUUAUGACACUAAUCUUAUAAGUCACUCAAAGAAUAUUAAAAUACUUUAAUCCUGGAUCCACGGUGGGAAUAAAUUUCUAAUAUUAAAAGAAGAACACUGUCUUACAAAUUUCAGCAUGUUGUAUGAUGAAAACACAAUCACUUUAGAAAUAUACCUUUUGAUGGGAGAGAGCUCAUUGUACAGAGUAACAUCCCAACAUUGAAAUUCUGUGGCAUCAUAUAUAUUGGGCCUUGAUGUCAUGACAGAUCAAAAUCAUUUGGUAGCCCUUUCUCCAUCAUAGGUUUUUCUUUUUUGUAGUAAUUGAUUCACCUUGAUCACUUUUCACCUUCCAUAUUCUUCAUAUAGUGAAAAGCAAAGUUGAUGAUAUUAUGGUGUAGUAGUAGUUGAAAAUUAUCACUGUAAUUAUUACAUAGUUAUUUAAGAUGUAUUAGAUAGCUGUUCCAAAAUGAUGCCUUAUAGAUGUGUUUGGGGGAAGAUGAAUGGGAGAAAGUGGUGGUCAUUGAGGAGUUCAAAGAAUUCCACACCCUUCAAUUAGCUUCCAUUUGCUACAUUACUAGAAACAUCAUGGAAAAUAUUUUAAAAACUCAUUAUUUACCCUACUUUAUUUUACUUAUUUUUUGUAUGUCCAAACAUACAGAAGCUAAUUGGCAAGUUUUUAAACAAUUUAAAAAUCUUACUAGGACUGACUUUUCCUGAAGUCUAUAUAAAUACUUUACGGUAAGAAGUACUAUGCUCAAGUUUUACAUUAAAUAUAUUUUCCUUUGCAAAUUCUGUAAUUCCACUGAAUGAUUAGGUCUACCAAACGACAUACUGCAUGUAAAAGAUAUAUUACAAUCUCAAUGCCAGUAAAAGAAAUCUUGCUACACUGUUGGCUUGCUACAAGUCAGAGUUCGGUGCUGGUAUAAACAUUUGACUCCCCGAUGUAUAUUUUACUCUGUAUAAGAGCCAUAUGUAAUGUACUGUAACAAAGGAGCUUCUUGUCCCUCGGUCUUUUAAUUAAAAGAAAUUUCAACUGACUUUCAA